UGAACAUAUUAAUAAUACGAAUCGAUAUAAUCGCAGUUAAAAAUUAAUGAAGGUAAAAAGUCCGUUUAAAGCUUCUAAAAUGAAGGGGCGCAAAUCCGACGAGGGCCAGCUGUUCUGUGUGUCUGAUGAUCUUAUAAACCUGGAGAACUUAAGGGACGGCUUAAAGAAAGAGAGGGCACUCUUGGAGAUUAUAAAGAAUAGGCUCAUAGUCGAAAUGGGCGGAAGAGUUAUUCCCAUACCACCGAGAAUCCCAGAAGAGGCACUGACGGUCACCACGUCGCAGGGUGACAACGAGGAGAGUGGCGGCAAGGAAGAGAGUGACAAAAAGGGAGGAAUGUUGAAAAAGAAAAUGAAAAAAUGAAUAAAUGCUUUAUUGUCAUAAAGAAAAACAAAACAGAAUCAAAA